CUACUUUCCACUUCCGCCCGCAAGCUGCAAAAGUCUCAGCGAGGAAGAUGGCGAAGCAGUAAUGAAACCAACACGUGGAAAGUCGCGUGAUCAAAAGGAGAGAAAAAGCGAUAUUGGUAAAAAGAAAGAAAAGUGUGCCAAUCUUGAAACAGAUAUUAAAAAAAUGACAACAGAGAGAAUGAAACUAAAAAAUUCAGAUUCACAAAUUUCGCGAAAGCGAAAACGAGCGAAUUCGGAGAUGGAGGAGACACCACCAAAGGAUUUCGAUCUGAAAGAGUUAUCAAAAAAACAUAUUUUACAGUGCAUUUCUGCGAUUUUCCAUUUAACUCAGGAACAGUUGAAAGAAAACAAUCUUCUAGCCACGGAGACGCAACCAAUAUUUAUGCAAGUGACUUGCGUCAAAAUUCCAAAGGUGCCUCGCAGACAAAUGAGAAUCUUAUUACCAUAUUCAAUAGUAGCACCGAACGAUGAAAUUGCUCUGUUUGUUUGUGAUUUGGAAAGAGGAAGAAGGAAAGAUUAUGAACCAACAGUAGAGCAUUACAAAAACCUAUUAGAUGAGCACGGAUGUACACGUGUGAAUGAAAUAAUACCUAUAAAUCGUGUGAAAACCGAAUUCGAUCAAUUCGAAUUGAAAAAAAAGCUCAUAGGCAGUUAUGAUCAUUUUCUUGUCGAUGGUCGCAUAGCUGGUCAUAUGUCGCAGCUCUUGGGAAAAUAUUUCAUAAAGAGACGGAAAUUGCCAACUUCGAUUAAAAUGGAUAGCAAAGAUUUGAAGCAUGAAAUCGAUUAUGCAUUGAGAAAAACUAGCAUGCAUCUUCACUCUAACGGCGAUACUCAUUUGGUCCAGAUAGGGAAUACAUCUAUGGGUAAAAAAGAAAUUUUGAAAAAUAUAUUGGCCACUUGCGAAAAUCUGUCUAAGAAUUAUCCUGGCGGUUGGGCGAACAUACGAGCUCUUCGAUUGAAAAGCACGACCACUCUAGCAUUGCCUUUUUAUAUGACAUUAAAGAGUAAAAAUACGAUUGAUUCACUUACGAUUGCGGUACCGCCGAAGAGACCAAGAGCUUACCACGAUGUGGAAGGAGAACUAUCGACGUUCCUGGGCAAUACUACAGUCACUGUUAAGCCUGAUGGCCAAGUUAUUCUUAAUAAACAAAAAAAUCUACGAAACAAAAAGAGUAUAAAGAAAAAAUAAACUAAGAAUUAAGACAA